CUCUCUCUUCACAGCUCGCGACAUCCAAGGCGAAACUAUACUCUCUCACCCCCCGGAUCGGUGGGUGCUACCGAUGAGCCUGGAGGCUCUAUACGAAGCAUACCCAACGUUACUUAUAUUACUACCAGUCCGAAUGGCGAACAGCAAAGGUCUGAAGGCAUGACAUGCCAUGAAUACCCUGAACGCGCCGUUGACACCAUACCCUUUCCUGAGAGCCCCACUAACUCUCCUGUUUCAACCCUUCGUUCUCCUCGUUCUCCUGGACGCAGUGAUACAUUAUCUCCGUCAAUGUUGUCACCACUGACACCCGGAACAGGAUAUUUGAGCACAGAGGAAUGGCAUAUGCCCGGUUUCCCCCCUCAAGGUCGAAGCCCCAUUUACGGCCCUGAUAGUCCUGGUUCACCCCGUCCUUCUCCUGAAUACGCUAGGAGCCCCAGGGAUGUCUCCUCUCCGCCGAUGUUCUCACAAUUGACACCCGGAACAGGAUAUUUGAGCACAGAGGAAUGGCGUAUGCCCGGUUUCCCCCCUCAAGGUCGAAGCCCCAUUUACGGCCCUGCUAGUCCUGGUUCACCCCGUCGUUCUCCUGAAUACGCUGAGAGCCCCAGGGAUGUCUCCUCUCCGCCGAUGUUCUCACAAUUGACACCCGGAACAGGAUAUUUGAGCACAGAGGAACGGCGUAUGCUCGGAUCUCCUCCUCAAGGUCGAAGCCCCAUUUACGGCCCUGCUAGUCCUGGUUCACCCCGUCGUUCUCCUGAAUACGCUAGGAGCCCCAGGGAUGUAUCCUCUCCGCCGAUGUUCUCACAAUUUGCACCCGGAACGGGAUAUUUGAGCGCAGAGGAAUGGCAUAUGCUCGGUUUUCCCCCUCAGGGACGAAGCCCCGUUUACGGCCCUGCUAGUCCUGGUUCACCCCGUCGUUCUCCUGAAUACGCUAGGAGCCCCAGGGAUGUAUCCUCUCCGUCGAUGUCCUCACCUGGAUCGGGAGUCUGGACCGCACAAGAGCGGCGCGUGCUCGGUUUUUCUCCUCCUCCAUCAUCACAUCCGACCCCUGGUGCUCACACUCCCAGGGGUCGGAGAGAUAGCUCCGCCUCUGCUUCGAGUCGGGCGCAAGCUAGAAGUCCAAGAACACCUCGUCAUCAGGCGACCAACCAUGAUACACCCGAUAGUCCUUUGUCCUCCAUUCUUUAUGAGCUUGGUCUUCCUAGACCCGACCCGAACGAUCCUUCAAGCCUCUCCACUACCUAUGAUGAUUACCCUCCUUCCCCCGGGCGAUGGCCUGUAGAAUGGGGAAGUCCCUCAUUUUAUGGCUUAUCUCCCAGUCCUGUACCUCAAAGUCCGGGCCCAAGUGGAAGCCAGAGGAGUAGCACGAUGAGUGCUGGUAGUAGAAGUCCAGGGGCAAGCUCGCGACAUGGGAGCACCAGUCCUUAUCUUCAUAAAGCACGGUCCCCUACUGCUUCUUCAGCUAAGAGCCCUAUGAGUCGCUGAUCAUCCGAAGUGCUCGAGGAGGUAUGCCAAUAGUGUAUGUAGCUUACCCAUGACGUGCAAGGCUUCCAUGAUUUCUAUCCCCUUUUCCCUGUUUACGU